AUGCUCCGGACAAUUCCUCCGUCUCUUAUUGUCAACUCACCGGGUCUACUUGGGUGCUUUCGCGGCUUUGUGUUCCAAUGCACAGAAACCGAACGACGGAUCCUCUUCGACUCGCCAUCAUAUCAGGAAGGGGCAGCUACCAUGGCCUUGGAAGUAGAAAGGUCUAUGGAAUCUUGUCAACAAGUUUUUUCGCUUGAUAUCACCCCCUUCAUAGCUGAAGCUGCAUCAAGCCCUGUUGUGAUUGGUCUGGAACAGAGGACUUGUUUCCCUUCCACUCCAGAGGAAUCGGAGACACCCAACUUCUCGCUGGUUGCUUCUGAACUGUCUCCAUCCGUUUCCUCCCAGCCAGACGGGGUGGUUGAGACCGGCUCUACCGAUGCGGCCUAUGCUCCUCUGGAGAACCAUACGAAUGCGGCGGCUUUCUUCAGGGCCAGAUUGGGAUCUCGAAACUCAAGGGCAACCUAUCUAGCCCGGGCGCUCCAGGGUUUAAUCAAUGCCAUGGAACUCGAUGGAGCAACAUACGCGAAUCUUUGGUCCACUCGGGAAAGGAUUUUCUCCGGCGUUGGUACAAGUCCAGUCGCUCGCUUUCAGAGACUGUUUCAUGGUUUUCUUCGGGUGAAGCGUGGCCGCGAUGAUUAUGAUUGUGCAAGUCGCCUCUUUCACAUAUUCUUGGAUCAUGAUCUUGAACAGUUGGCGACCUCUGACCUCCUCCGCUUAUCCCGUGGCCGUGGCAGAAAGUCUGCCGCUUUGUCUUUGCAGGCAGCAAGCAUAUCAGCCUCCAUAGGCGCUGUAAAAGCCGAUCGUAAGGCUGGCCAAAGGUACAUGCAAAUUCUGAUGGAUGCCGGCCCGGGGCUAUUGCUCAUGCUUGGUAGCCAGAUAAACACAGUGUGGGAAAGAAAACUAAGUAAGGGAGAUGUCUCUCUUCUAUUGGAAUAUCUCAGGUUGCAGCGGCCUGAAAUCCUGGAGAAAGGCUGCUCACUGGACAAGGUGGCAACAGCAUUGAUUCUUCAGGGUUUCUUAGCGUAUGGCUGGACGUACAAGGAACUUUCCGAACGCCCGUCUAGAGUGGUGAACCGACUGCGCUCGUACAUCGAUGUUGCAGAACUAGCAUCACGGCAUGAUAUAGAUGCUAUCGCUCUUGGUCAACCCCUCGGUUGCACCUUACUCGCGCCGGUCAGCUAUGACGGAGAUAACACUCCGGAUAACGCACAGCUAAAGUGCUUCAACUCUGCAUCCUGUCAGGCUCAUGAAACACGCCUGCACCUGUUUCACUUAAACGUAACAGACCCUCCAUCGGAGAUGGGCGAAAAAAUAUCACGGAGUUGA